AUGGAAGUUAUGGAUUUAUUGUCGGUUCGGUCGUUUUGGUGGAGUGAUUCUUUUAUGCAUGCUUUUUCUCCAUCUCGUGUAGGUUCGGGUGGUAUUCUAGCUGUUUGGAACCCGCAUUUUAUUUCUCAGAAACAGAUGAUUAUUGGUGAUUGGUUUGUUGUUGUUGAGGCUGUUUGGACGCGGUUGGGUUUGGAUGUUAUGUUUUUUGUUAUUUAUGCGCCCCAAGGGGCUGUUUGUAAAAGGAAUCUGUGGGCUAACAUUUUAGAGAUGGUUGUUUCUUUUCUGGGAGAGUGUAUUCUUAUGGGCGAUUUUAAUGAAGUUCGGGAUGAGUUGGAGCGAUUGGGGUCUCGUUUUAAUUCGAUGAAUGCUAGAUAUUUUAAUGAUUUUAUAGAAUACGCUGAUUUGGUGGAUGUUCCUUUAGGAGGGCCGAAAUUUACUUGGAGCGAUAGAUGGGGUUCGAAAUUUAGCAAACUCAAUAGAUUUCUUAUCACGGAGGGUUUAUUGCAUAAUUUUCCUCAUAUGACGGGCUUGGUUUUGGAAAAGAAUUUACUAGAUCAUCGUCCCAUUAUUUUGAUAGAGCAACCUGUUGAUUACGGUCCUACUCCUUUUCGGAAUUUUCACUCUUGGUUUGAAUUAGAUGAUUUUGAUGGGAUAGUACGUGGCUCUUGGUUGCAAUUGGUGGUUGGGUUGGUGGAUAUGAACCCUUGGUGUAACAUCCCCCUCUGA